AUGGCGGUUUUCAGUCAGAGAAGAUAUGUGCUUCUAGCUUUGUGUGGGCUGCUCUUGUGUGGGCUGAUCUGGAUCACCGCUACGGCUGCCGUUUUCGAAUCCAACCAGGCUCAAUCUCGAAUUGUCGCGGAGAUAUCAGUCCCUGGUCACGAUGGAGCGCCGAUAAUUGGGAGAGACACUACUGUCUGCAAGACAUACGUCACCCAGGCCCCGGAUACCUGUAAGACUAUCACCAAGGGUCACGAUAUCACCAUGGCUCAGCUUCAAAUGUACAACUCUUACACGUGGAGGUUUGACUGUCAGAGCAUGCCCCAAGGCUCAAUUAUUUGUAUUGGUCCCGGCUUACCUCCGAUGCCAACGGCCCGGCUCAACGCGACAUGUGGCCCCUUGGUCCCUGGAACUACCAGACCGACCAAUUGGUCCGAUCUUGCUUCCUUGAACCCGUGCCCUUCAAAUGAAUGCUGUACCGGAGAUGGCAAGUGUGAAGCUUUUGGUGAUUACUGGUGUACUCCACGAGACGACACAUGUAUGUCAAAUUGCAGGUCUACCACGACCACGGCAAAGGCUGCAACGAAGACCACCACUACCACCAAACCGGAGAAGAUUUCAACGACCACCAAAGUGAAAACGACGGCGACCACCACUAGUCAAGGUCCCGCCUGGACGCUCGUCGCCGCAAUGAAGAUUACUAUCUGCUGACGGGGCAUAAAGACCAGGACUCCAAAUGCAUUGAUUUGCCUGGAGAUUAUCAAGCCGGCUCCGACAAUCAAACUGGUGUCUACUGUAAGUAAUUCACUGAUGGUGGGUUCAGCCCAAGUUCCUGUGCCUCUGUUCCCGUGGAGAAGGUUGUCUCGUGGUCAUUGACUGGGGGUGUUUGUGCGGCGUACGAUAAACCGUGCGGUGAAUCUGGAGGUCAGGCUAUCAGUAUUGAUUCUGAGACUGGUUGUCAGGCUGAUGUGAUGAUGAAACAUGUUGAGAUGAAAUGGCGCUCCGUCCGAUGUAUGGUACAUUGGUAUGAUAAGUUUUAUUCCUGGGCUUUUAUAGUGUGGCCAGGAAGGGCAGGC